GCGGGGGCGGGGAGCGGGGCCGCGUAACGGGCCGGCGGCGGGGAUGGCGGCGGCGGGCACGGCCGCCUGGACGUGGCUGCUGCGGGCCCCGAGCGCCACCGAGCUGCUGCUGGCGCUGCUGGGCUGGCUGGGCUGCUGCUGGCUGCUGCGGCGGGCGCGGGCGCCGCCGGGGCUGCCGCCGGGCCCGGCGCCCUGGCCGCUGGUGGGCAACUUCGCCUUCGCCCUGCUGCCGCCGCCGCUGCUGAGGCGGUGGGCAGCGGACGUGUGGGGCGCGGGGCAGGGCUCCCCCGCCGCCUCCCCGCACGUCUUCCUCACCGGCCUCACCAAGCUGUACGGCAGCGUCUUCCGGCUCUUCGUGGGCAGCCGCCCCUUGAUCGUCCUCAACACCUUCGGGGCGGUGCGGGAGGCCCUGGUGCAGAAGGCGGAGGUGUUCAGCGACCGGCCCACCGUCCCCAUCGUCCUCAUGAUCACCCACAAGAAGGGUGUUAUUUUUGCACCUUAUGGCCCUGUCUGGAAGCAACAGAGGAAAUUCUCUCUUGCAACACUGCGUCAUUUUGGGGUAGGAAGACACAGCUUAGAGCCAAAAAUCAUUGAGGAGCUGAAAUUUAUAAAGGAGGAAAUGCUGAAACAUGGAAAGGAUGCAUUUAAUCCCUUUCCAAUAAUUCGCAAUGCAGUAUCCAAUGUUAUCUGUUCCAUGGCCUUUGGGAAGCGUUUUAACUAUGAAGAUGUUGAGUUCAAGACGAUGCUGAAGAACAUGGCCCGGGCACUAGAGCUGAGUGUGAACAGCUCUAUGAUGCUGGUCAAUAUCUGCCCUUGGCUCUACUACCUUCCCUUUGGGCCUUUCUGGGAACUUAGGAAGACGGAAUUAGAUAUUACUGCUUUUCUAAAGAAAAUAAUUGCACAGCACAGGGAUACGCUGGAUACAGCAAAUCCCAGGGACUUCAUUGAUAUGUACUUCAUCCAUGCGGAAGAAGAAAAGAACAAGGAGAGCAGUUUUAAUGAAGACUACCUGUUUUUUAUCAUUGGUGACCUCUUCAUUGCAGGCACAGACACUACUUCCAACACGUUACUGUGGUGCCUGCUCUACAUGUCUCUCUACCCAGAAGUACAAGAGAAGGUUCAUGCAGAAAUUGAAGCAGUUCUAGGAUGUGACAAAAUACCCUCCCUUUCCCACAAGGCUCAAAUGCCUUUCACAGAGGCAACCAUUCUGGAAGUGCAGAGGAUGACUGCGGUUGUUCCCCUGUCUAUUCCUCGAAUGGCCUCAGAAACUGCUGUACUGCAGGGAUAUACUAUUCCUAAGGGCAGUGUGAUCGUUCCCAACUUGUGGUCAGUACACAGAGAUCCUAACCUUUGGGAAAAACCAGAUGAAUUUCAACCAUCAAGAUUCCUGGAUGAAAAUGGCCAGCUAAUUAAGAAAGAGGCAUUCAUUCCUUUUGGAAUGGGUAAACGUGUGUGCAUGGGAGAGCAGUUGGCAAAAAUGGAGCUGUUCUUAAUUUUUGCAAGUCUAAUGCAAAGUUUUACCUUUUUGUAUCCUGAAAAUGAUGCAAAACCAUCUAUGGAGGGAAGGUUUGGUCUGACUUUAGCUCCAUGUCCGUUCAAUAUAAUAGCUUUGAAGAAAUAAUAGAACAUCUACAAAGAUUAAACGAAGAAAUACUGCACUUUAAAAAUCCAGCUUUAUUUUGUUUCUAGCUUACUUUGUUACAUUCUUUCCAGAAAACCACCAACUCCAGAGGCUUUCAUAGUCAGUGAGAAAGACCGAUUGACACUUCUGGAAAAAGAAAAUUUGUUGGCUUUUUUUGUCAGCUGUUGCAUUCCACAAAUGAACUGACAGCAUAGUUUGUGAUGUGAUGCUAACAUUUUCUGGGGUUAGCCCCUCUGUCUAUAAGCUACUAAUGUCAGUUUGUCAAAUAUUAAUUAUGGGAGAAUGGUCCAAAACAUCUGAUAAUGCUUUAGCAAAUAGUAAUUGUUAUUUUGGUAAAAGCAGUAUGUAAACAUUUAUUUUACCAAAUGAGCAAAGGACAUCAUCUAAUAGCAAAAGAAUUAAUGAAUGAGAGGGUGUUGGGUUUUUUUUCUGUGUAAAGAAACAUUAUAACUGAGCUUAAAUAAUGAUAGAUGCUUUUUGGAGACUACUAAAUCACGCUUAUUUUAACCUUGGAGGACUCUUUCUUGAAAGUAACUCAUUAGGUGUAGAUGGGAUUCCUGGAUUAUCAAGGCUCACUAUAAACAAGCAGGUGCCAAUCCUAAAAAACCCAGGCUUGGAGGCAAAGUGAAUCCUUGAACAUACAGUGUUCUUAACAUGAAAGGGGCGGGCAGCAUCUGGAUGCAGAUGCUUUAUCUCAGAAUAUAAAUGAGAGCAGAGUUCUCUAACGAGAAACAGAAGUCUGUUCUCUCUGGUGCCAAGCAGGUACUCAAGACAACAUCUGUACUGCCACUUCAUAUUCACUGUUUUCCCCACGCCAGCAGUGGCUGCAGUCUGGAUGAGACCAACAGCCUACUCAUCAGGGAAAACUCUCCAUGCUUAAUCCUGAGGCUGGGGCUUGCACUCAGGUUUAGCAUUUACAGGGACUGUGGACAGUACUGCCACUACCUUUUUGGCUUUGGGAACUGGAGUCUUACUUCAAACACAGCAUCAAUACAGCACUACAGAUGUCUUACAUGUUUAGGCAUGGAACAUGAGGAAUCUAACAAACUUGAGGUUUGUGUAUAAAGGCUUUCUCUUUGCUAUCUUCCAUGUGGAGUAAAAAGAUCUGUAGUUCAUACCGUAUUAGUGGUAUCAUACCUUACUCUUUUCAAAUGCAAAAUUUCAGUGCUGUUUCCCACUAUCAAACCAGUCGCCAGGGAAGCCUUGGGUGUUUCAGAAGGGGACACUCCAUCUUGCCUUUUAUUUCAAAGAUCCCUCACACAUCAAAAGUGAUCUUUUGGAAUUCUGACAUGUAAAAUUAACUUUUAAAUUAUUGUUCUUAAUCAUCUUUAAAUCUCUUUAUACACCCUUUGAUCUAGCAGAUUUUCAUAUCAGAUUAAAUAAGUACAUAUGUACUUGUGUAAGGAUUUUUUUGUUUCCCUUAUUGGAGAUAUAGAAAAUGUCCUCCUAAUGUCAAGUUUACAAGAUGGAAAUGUGAACUUGACUGUGGAGUGGAGUUGGGUAUUCCAGAACAGAAACUAAACCUAAAUUGUAAAAUAAGAGUUAACUCUUCAACUUCAAAUUAACUUCUGUUUUUAUCACUUUUUAACUUGAGGUUUUAAAAGGCAGGUAGUGCCUAGCAAAGACUGUAAGACAGUUAUUUUGGAUUUAAAUUAAUAUUUUCUGUUAGCUGUUCUGAAUAAUAGAUUGGCUUAAUUUCUGGAUUAUAUAUUUAGUUGGUCAGGUACCCCACUGCUGAUGUGAAAACUUCCAGUUCUUACAUAGGCUAUCUUAAGACUUUCUAGGUUGUCCAUGCUCAUGUUCAGUCUUGUCUUUGUGUAACAUUUUUGAAAACCCCAUAGCACAAUAAAGUUGAGUUUGGUACCAAGGCUAGUAAACCUGAACUAAAAGCUGACAGUAUUGGAGUAAUAGAUAAUUUAUUUCUUUAACUGUAUACUUUCCAGUGAAUAAAUGGAUUCUGUACACUUGGGAUUUUGUCUGGAAGUUCAUAAAACUAUAUUUGCUUGAUUGCAAAGCUAAAAUUAAGUGCUGGUAAUAUUUAUCUUUCUGUUGAGAUGCCUAUUAAAGCAACAUAAUGAUAUUGGUGUGCAAUUGAUAAUUUAUGUUAAAUACCUGUCCUUCUAAUCAAUGAGGACACGUUUGAAAAGCACUUUAGUAGUAUUCUUUUUUUGACAGAUUCCAAAGAAGACACAAUUCUCAUAAUUCCAUAGUAUGUGGAAUUGUACAUAUUUGUGCUCAUUUUGCCUGUUGGGACUAGUUUAAAAUGUCACCUUUGAAAAAUCCUUCUACAAAUAGUACCUUAAGAUGCAGUUUUUGAUGAUACCUGUAAUCAGAGGCCGCGUGGUGUGACAAGCUAAAAGUACUGAUGUGGAGGUGCAGUUGUGUCAAUGUCUGCCGGGAUGCAGGAUGCUGUUGGAAAUUACAAUAAAGACCUGCCUUUCAUGCCUUCCAGAUGCACUGAAAUUUUCUCAGGAUGCUGUGAAAACAGCUAAACAAUAGCACAAAAGCAAUGAAAUGUUUGUGGGUUUAAAAAUGUGUUGCCAUUUUUGGUAAACUGUAAGUAAAGUGUUACCAGAUUUGGUUUGUAUUUGUGAAUGUAUCCUUCCCCUACCUUUUUGUAGCAGAGAAAGCAUUUCAAAUAAUGCCUUAUUGAAAAGUGUGUGUUUAUAGAAGUGAUGGCUCUUUCUGAAUGUUGGAAAUGUCUUUAUUUCUAAAAAUGACUUCAGAGUUUGCUUCCGUGUAAUUUUAUUUUUAAUAAAGUAAUUCCUAAAUAA